AUGUCUAGAAGAGUGGUGGUUACUGGGUUAGGGUGUAUUUCACCACUGGGGAACAGUGUUCGUGAAUCCUGGUUGAACUUAUUAAACUCCAAAUCUGGUUUGGUUAAUUUGAAAUCUCUUCCUGAAUAUGAGUCAGAUUAUAAGCCUUUUAUUAAAAGUGUUCCGGAAAGUUUAUCAGUAGGUAAAGCUUACUUUACAACUACUCAUAAAGACUUAUUUUCUGAUGAAGAUGAGAGAAGAUUAGCUAAAUUCACAAAAUAUGCAAUUGGUGCAACUUACGAGGCUCUCGAAAAUGCUAACCUUUUAAAAAAGAAUACCCUACAGAUUGAUGAAACUUUAGUGGAUUUAAAUCGAUUUGGUUGCAUCGUAGGUUCUGGAAUUGCCUCGAUCGAUGAGAUUUACACUUCUUCAAUUAAAUUCCAUAAUGAACAUAAAAGAGUCAAUCCUUUAUUUAUACCUAAGAUACUUACAAACAUGGCAGCCGGUAAUAUUUCAAUUAAAUUUAAACUAAAAGGACCAUCCCACUCGGUUUCAACCGCUUGUGCAACUGGUAAUAAUGCUAUUGGUGAUGCUUAUAAUUUUAUUAAAUUAGGUAUGCAAGAUAUUUGUGUAGCUGGUGCAGCUGAAGCUUCACUUCAUCCCCUUUCACUUGCAGGAUUUGUAAGAGCCAAAAGCAUAACCAGCAACGGUAUAUCAAGACCAUUCGAUGAAGAAAGAUCUGGAUUUGUGUUAGGUGAAGGUGCUGGUAUUGUAGUUUUAGAAUCGUUAGAGAAUGCUUUAAAGCGUGGUGCCAAUAUUAUAUGUGAAAUUAUUGGAUAUGGUAUUAGUAGUGACGCUAACCAUAUAACUUCACCACUUCCAGAUGGAACAGGUGCUCAAAGAGCAAUAGAAAUGGCCAUUGGUAACUCACGUAGAUCAGAAAUAAAAUACGUAAAUGCUCAUGCAACCUCUACCGUUCUUGGAGACAGAGCAGAGUCAAACGCUAUAAGAAAUGCAAUUUUUAAGGACACAGAUAAUGACAACCAUAUUAAAAAUGAAAUUUACGUGUCUAGUAACAAGGGUUCAAUGGGCCACCUUCUAGGAGCUGCUGGUGCUGUUGAAAGCAUUUUUACAAUUAAAUCAAUUCAAAAAAAUAUAAUUCCUCAUACCUUAAAUUUAAAUAAAUUGGAUCAAGAAAUCCAAGAGUCAUCAGAAGGAAUGACAUUCGUUAAAGAAUCUCCUAAGGAAAUAGAUAAUUUAGAGAUGGCUUUAUGUAACAGUUUCGGAUUUGGUGGUAUUAACACCACUUUAUUAUACAAGAAGUAUAGACCCUGA